UGGCCUCGCUUUGAGCCUUCAACAUUCGAUAGUCGUGCGGUGAUCUCUGUAUGUUCUCUUCUUUUUCUUUCUUCUUCCUUCUCUGCUGUCUUUCUCUUUCUCUUUCUUUUCUCCUCUUUUCUUCCUUCUCUCUCUCCUGAUCAUGGCCGCGCCAUCUCGGGAUGGCUGUUUCAAUUGUGGGGAAAUUGGGCACUGGUCCAUAUCCACGCAGGAGGCCACCCGUGGCGACGGGGGCUAAUGCUGAACCUAUCCUGGCUCUUCCGGCUGCUGGUACGCAACAACCUGCUGCGGUUCCCUCGACGUCCUCCAGUACGUACCCUGCACAGCCGCGGUCCGGAUGGUGGACCCGGAACCAGCAGAUGCCUUCUACCAACUUGGUGGAUCAAUUGCAAGAAGAGAACAACGAACUCAAGAAAUUCGGGGAAGACUUGAAGGCUCGGCUGGAAGGUGACUUGGCGGCACUCAAGUGGGAGAUACGCAAUUUGAAGGAAGACCAUGAGUCGUCUGACAGAAGCACACUUACCAAGCAGAUUGAAGAUCUGCGCGCAGAGAUGGAUGUGUUAAGAAGGAAGAAUGAAGAAUCGGAGGAGGUGGCGCACCUUUGGAGAAACGAAGCACUUCGCCCCGGCAACAAACGGGGCAGCAUAAACGUUGCUACUCCUGCGAGUGAGGGACGUACGGUUACAGGUUCCAGAUUGGCAACUACUCCGGAGGAAACGAGAAGACUGAGGGCGGAACUUCAGGAGAUGCAGGAACGCCGUCGCUGCGAUCAAAUCGAGGUCGACAUGUUGAGGGAUCGUCGGGCUCAGGCGGAGGCAAAACGCAUUGAGGCGGAGAAGGAAAUUUUGAAGCUGAGGGAUCAGAUGGGGAAACUGUCCACGGAUCCGACUGAGGCUGCUACCCCACGUGGCGUGGGUACCAACCUGAAGGAUAAGAUGGACGAAGCGGUCAAUUCGGGUCUUCGCUCGGGUAGGCGGGGGCGCUUUAAGAUGACACCGGGAAGGUUUCCAAGGGAUGGCAGCGCGAAAAAAGCGAACGAUCGGUUUGCUUUUCUCAUUGAAGAGAGGAAAAGACUAAAGGCUUUGAAGAAAAGUGGCUUGGAGUUGUUGUGCAAAGAGAUCGGCAUCAAGUACAAGACCAUCGAUUCUACCGUUGACGAGCUGGCCGAAAUUAAUGCCGACAAAGCAUUUGGAGGAUGUAGUACCACACGCGAGAAGGACGACGAAGGACCAGAACAAGAUGGGUUUGCUUUGAGUGGUCCUGAGUCGGUUUCGUACUGGAAGGACAGGUUUGCUAACCUGGUAUGUGUUCCCAUCGACCAUAAUGCCGGUGACACAUUGGUGUGUUGCCCAGUCAUCUAUCGGCAUGGUAUGGAUAAACUCUUUCUGGAUAAUCAGGGCUUCACAGAGUGCAAUAGUGAGGAGGAGGUUCGGGAUUUGUCCGCUGCGCGAUUCCGUGACGAGGGACUAACGGUAUUGGGAAAGUGGGAUAAGGGUGGAAAUCUGGGGCAGUCGUAUGUUGUACCUAAGCACAAGGGUAUUGCCAAAUGGAGACCCAUCUGCCCCACUUAUUCCGAGUGUGGGGUCAGAGCCAGCAAAACGGCGGCACAGGCUAUCAACCGUAUGCUUUGGGAUCUUCCUCCUGCCACCAAUUUCAAUUUGAGAAGCAUGCCGGACCUUGCCUCGGCUGUGGGUUGUGUGAACAAGGAUUUGAAGAAAGGGGAGCAGUUGCUGAGUGCUGCAUUCGAUGUUAAGGAAAUGUUCUGCAAUCUGCCACAUGAGGCCAUCAUCCAUGCAGUACAAUGGGUAGUGGAUUUUUGGUCAAUGAGGGGUUGUUCUGGGAUUCUCGUCAAAAAACGGGGCAAAGGAGCCAAGUUGAGGAAGAGCGGCAAACAGGAAGGUUGGAGUACGAUUAGUUUUGAUAUGCUUAUCAAAUUUGUUUCUUUGACCUGGACUGCACUUUUGUUCGAGCUUGUGGCCGUGUACUUCAGCAGAAAUUGGGGUAGUGCGGCACCAGGGAAGCUCGAGGCAGAGUCAGGCAUAGCGGACCAAGUCAGCAGUGGCAUAGCUGCUCUGAGUGGUCCUCUGGGCAUCAGCGCAGCACCAUAGCUGCUUGGGUUGUCCUUUGGACAUCAGCGCAGCACCCUAGCU